CGUCCCCAGCCUCAAAUCUUCUAUUCUUCCCUCAGUGCAAACCAAAAUCAUGAACACUUUGAUCUUCCUGUGCUUCACUCUAUCCUUGUACCCUUACCAUACCGUAUCACUAGCAAGCACCAAUGUCACUGCCGUGCAAAUGCGCGCACUUCUCUCCCUCAAGGACAUGGUGUCCGACCCGUUUGGCUCUCUCCAUUCAUGGAACAGCUCAAACAACCCAUGCAGGUGGCGCGGUGUUGGAUGCAGCCGCAAGCACACUGAGAGGAUCCUCGAGCUAAACCUCAAUUCAUUCGGCUUGAUUGGAGGCAUCUCUCCAUUACUGCGCAACCUCUCAUAUCUCCAUGUGCUAAACCUUGGGGAGAACCAUCUUGCCGGUCAGAUACCUGCGGACCUGGGUCAUCUUCGUAGACUUCGGGUACUGAACCUUUCCAUGAACUCACUGCAAGGCGGCAUCCCAACUUCUUUGGCAGGCUGCACCAACCUAAUGAAGCUUAACCUGGCUCACAACCAGCUGCGAGGUGAAAUCCCUGGUGAGAUUGGUAGUUUGAGAAAUCUUGUCUUUUUUACACUUCAUACCAAUUACUUGACGGGAAACAUCCCAUCAUCCUUGGCAAACUUGUCAUCGCUUGUCUCAUUGAGUCUGGCCAAGAACUUCCUAUCAGGCAUGAUUCCUACUUCUUUUGGAAAUCUAUCGAACCUGACAAUUAUUUCACUUUUGAAUAAUCAGCUAUCCGGUGCUAUACCUUCCUCGCUUGGUCGCCUAACUAAUAUGGUAACACUUAUCCUGGACCAAAACAACCUGACUGGUUCUAUACCUCCUACUAUUUGGAACAUCUCAUCUUUGGUUAUAUUUUCCGUAGAAACCAAUGAGCUUACAGGGACAGUACCUCCAAAUGCACUCAGUAAACUUUCUGCUCUCAAGAUUUUCUCUUUAGCAGAGAAUAAUUUUCAUGGGCAGAUUCCAUCUUCGCUUCCUAAUGCUACCAGCCUCAUUCAAUUUGAAAUCGCAAUCAACCACUUCAGCGGCACUAUUCCUCCAAAGCUUGGCGGGUUACAGAGCCUCGAAUUUUUUGUUCUAGCAUUUAAUGCAUUUGAAGCUAAAAACCAUCAUGAAUGGGAUUUUAUGCACGCAUUAACAAAUUGCUCCGAGUUACAAGCUUUGGAAUUGAAUAAUAAUAAGCUUAGUGGAACGUUUCCUUCUGCGGCUUCCAAUUUAUCCACAAAUCUACCAUAUCUUUCCCUAGCUGGCAACACAAUUUCAGGUCAUGUUCCUAGAGAGAUUGGUAACCUCGUUGGUUUAAGGUCUCUCCAAAUGGACAGCAAUUCACUGACUGGAUUUCUCCCAUCUUCAUUUAGUAUGCUUCGGAAUCUAAGACGUUUGACACUAGAUAACAAUAACUUCAGCGGGCCCAUCCGACCUACUUUUCUAGGUAAUUGUACACAGCUAAACAUCUUUUCCCUUUCGAUGAAUUCCUUUAGUGGAAUCAUUCCAAGCACCAUAGGAAACAUGGUGUCCCUCUUGAUACUAGACCUAUCUACUAACCAUUUCACAGGGACGAUCCCUAGCAGUUUGUUCAAUAUCACAACACUUUCCAUACAACUAGGUAUCUCUAAUAAUCAUUUCGAAGGACCAAUACCACCUGAGAUUGGGAACCUACAAAAUCUUGUAGAGUUUGAUGCCAUGUUUAAUCGGCUCACUGGAGAAAUCCCUGCCACUCUAGGAAAAUGCCAACUUCUCCAAAUCAUCAACCUGCAAAACAAUUCAUUGACGGGUAAUAUUCCAUCAGUCUUGAGUGGGUUGAAGGGUUUGGAAAUUCUCAAUCUCUCAAGAAACAAAUUUUCAGGCCAAAUACCAAACUUCCUAGGAGAUUUCAAAAGUCUCGCACAUCUUGACCUUUCUUUCAACAAUUUUGAUGGAGAAGUGCCAAAAUUUGGUGUUUUUGCAAAUGCUACUAAGAUUUGGGUCGUGGGUAAUAGCAAGCUUUGUGGGGGCGUUCAAGACCUUCAUUUGCCCCCAUGUUAUCAUCAAAUUUUGAAGAGAAAACAUAAAAUUCCAAUGCUCGCAAUUGUUCUUUCACUUGUUGCAACAACAAUAUGCACCCUUUUGUUGCUCAUGUUCUUCCUUGAUUACUACAAGAGAAAAUCAAGGGAAACUCCUUCAACAGUGUCCACACAAGGCCACAAAGUUGUCUCCUACCAACAGUUGGCAGAAGCAACAAAUGGUUUCUCAACAUUAAAUUUGUUGGGCAGUGGGAGCUAUGGAUCUGUUUACAGAGCUAACUUGCAUGAUGACAUAAGUGGGCAAGAAAACAUUGUCGCUGUGAAAGUACUAAAACUUCACACCCCUGGAGCGCUCAAGAGUUUCACAUCUGAGUGUGAGGCGAUGAGAAAUUUACGGCACCGAAACCUUGUCAAGGUCAUUACAGCAUGCUCAAGCAUUGACUUCAAUGGGAAUGAUUUCAAGGCUAUAGUGCUUGAUUUUAUGCCCAAUGGUAAUUUGGAAGAGUGGCUUCAUCCUAUCACAAACCACCAACCAGGGGCUAGGCACUUAAGUCUUGCCCAAAGAAUGAGCAUACUCUUUGAUGUGGCUAAUGCAUUGGACUAUCUCCAUUGCAAUGGAGGUGCACCAAUUGUUCAUUGUGAUCUUAAGCCAAGUAAUGUCCUUCUCGAUUCUGAUAUGUUAGCUCAUGUUGGUGACUUUGGAUUAUCGAGAAUUCUUAUAGAGGGAUGCCCAUAUUUCCAAGCCUCAACGAACUCGAUGGGAUUUAGAGGCACUAUUGGUUAUGCUCCUCCAGAAUAUGGUGCUGGCAAUAUGGUUUCAACUCAUGGGGACAUUUAUAGCUAUGGAGUUCUUAUUCUUGAAAUGGUUACUGCAAGGAGGCCCACAGAUAACAUGUUUGACCAAGGAUUAAGCCUUCGCAAGUAUGUCGAGAUAGCCUUUGAAAGCAGAAUGAUGGACAUUGCUGACCCGGAAUUGGCUGAAGAGCUUGAAAAUGGCCCAACAACAAUAGAUGACCCAUCAAACCAAAGGAAGGUUGAUGCUCUGAUUUCUCUAGUUAAACUUGGGAUGUUCUGCUCUGAGGAAAUACCAUCAAGUAGAAUAUCAACCAAAGAUAUCAUCAGGGAGCUGCAUGCAAUAAAAGUUAAAGAAAUCAAGGAGAACAAGUAGAAGACUGAAGAUAAAUGAUAAUCCAAGUAUAUCUUUCUGCAGAGUUCUCGAAGAAUGUUACUUCCACCAAAUUCACAAGAGAUAUUAUCAACAUAUUGUGCAUUUCUUGUCUUGAAUUUGAUAAAACAACACAAUAAAGCAGUCCAAAAGUAGAACGGGUGUGCAGGGUGGUCACCGAUAGGUCGUUUUGUAUCAUCCUGUUGUAAUAUGCGUCCACGUAUCAAAAUGUAACACGUUUUUCAUGUUCUGUUCUGAGGAUGAAUCCAUCAAACAUCUUCUC